AUGAAUGCACAUGAGUUCCGCAGGAGAGGGAAGGAGAUGGUGGAUUACGUGGCUGACUACUUGGAGGGCGUCGAGGGGCGCCAGGUGUACCCCGACGUGGAGCCUGGCUACCUGCGCCCCCUGCUCCCCACUGCUGCCCCCCAGGAGCCAGAAACAUUUGAGGACAUCAUUAAGGACGUCGAGAAGAUCAUCAUGCCAGGGGUGACCCACUGGCACAGCCCGUACUUCUUCGCCUACUUCCCCACGGCCAGCUCGUACCCGGCCAUGCUCGCGGACAUGCUGUGUGGGGCUAUCGGCUGCAUCGGCUUCUCCUGGGCUGCCAGCCCAGCGUGCACAGAGCUGGAAACAGUGAUGAUGGACUGGCUGGGGAAGAUGCUGCAGCUGCCUGCGGUGUUCUUGGCUGGAGAAGCUGGAGAAGGGGGCGGAGUGAUCCAGGGAAGUGCCAGUGAAGCCACCCUGGUGGCCCUGCUGGCCGCUCGGACCAAAGCGACACGACGCCUGCAGGCUGCCUCCCCGGGGCUGACACAGGCCGCCAUCAUGGAGAAGCUGGUGGCCUACGCAUCUGACCAGGCACACUCCUCCGUGGAAAGAGCCGGCUUGAUUGGUGGAGUGAAAUUAAAAGCGAUCCCUUCCGAUGGCAAGUUUGCCAUGCGAGCUUCUGCCCUGCAGGAGGCCCUGGAGAGAGACAAGGCCGAGGGCCUGAUUCCAUUCUUCGUGGUGGCCACGCUGGGGACCACAUCCUGCUGCUCUUUUGACAACCUCUUAGAAGUGGGUCCCAUCUGUCGCGAGGAGGACGUGUGGCUGCAUGUGGACGCUGCCUACGCGGGCAGCGCCUUCAUCUGCCCCGAGUUCCGGCAUCUUCUGAAUGGAGUGGAGUAUGCAGAUUCAUUUAACUUUAAUCCCCACAAAUGGCUUUUGGUGAAUUUUGACUGUUCUGCCAUGUGGGUGAAAAAGAGAACUGACCUGACCGGAGCCUUUAAAUUGGACCCCGUGUACCUCAAGCACAGCCACCAGGACUCAGGGCUUAUCACUGACUACAGGCACUGGCAGCUGCCGCUGGGCCGGAGGUUCCGCUCUUUGAAGAUGUGGUUUGUUUUUAGGAUGUACGGAGUCAAGGGACUGCAGGCCUAUAUCCGCAAGCACGUCCAGCUGUCCCACGAAUUCGAGGCUUUGGUGCACCAGGAUCCCCGCUUUGAAAUCUGUGCAGAAGUCACUCUGGGGCUGGUCUGUUUCCGGCUAAAGGGCUCCAACAGACUGAACGAAGCUCUUCUGGAAAGAAUAAACAGUGCCAGGAAAAUCCACUUGGUUCCCUGUCACCUGAGAGACCAGUUCGUGCUGCGUUUUGCUAUCUGCUCACGCACGGUGGAGUCGGCCCACGUGCAGCUGGCCUGGGAGCACAUCCGAGGGCUGGCGACCGACCUGCUGGGAGCACAGAAGGAGGAAAAAGGCGCUUUCUUCAGUUUGCAUUGA